UUAUUAUGGUUACCCGCCUGGAGUUCAAAACUGGCGAACCCAGAUGUCUCAAGAACUGCCUUUCAAAAUUAAUAGAAGAAUGCAAGAAUUUCAGAGAGGCCAAACAAAUCCACGCUCAGAUUGUGAAGUCCCCACUGUUACCUACCGAUGACCAAUAUUAUCUCAUUACUCGUCUCCUCUUCUUUUGUGCUUUUUCGAAUUGGGGUUCGUUCACUUAUGCUUCUAAGGUUUUUCGGACGAUAAAGCACCCGGAAAUUCGUGCCUAUAAUAUCAUGCUUAGAUCAUACGCGGAUUUGAAGGAUGAUGGUGAAGAUAGCCACAUUUGCAGGGCUUUAUUGAUUUAUAGAGAAAUGCUUCGCAAUGGCAUUUUACCGAAAAACCUCACUUUCCCCUUCCUUUUAAAGGAUUGCACUAGGAGGCUGGAUGAAACUACUGGCUUAGGAAUUCAUGCCCAAGUCACCAAGUUUGGAUUUUAUGAUGAUAUUUUUGUUGGGAAUUCCUUGAUAAAUUUGUACAUGGCAUGUAGGUUGUUAAAUAAUGCGAGGAAGCUGUUUGAUGAAAUGCGAGUGAGAGAUAUUGUCACUUGGAACUCAAUGAUAAUUGGGUUUCUGAGAAAUGGAGAGCUUGACAAUGCAAUGGAAUUGUUCACGAGGAUGAGUGAGAAGAAUAUCAUAACCUGGAACUCCAUUAUUACAGGGUUGGUUCAAGGUGGCCGACCAAAAGAGUCACUGCAACUUUUUCAUCAAAUGCAAGUUUCCAGCGAAGACACUAUGGUUGAGCCAGAUAAAUUCACAAUUGCUAGUGUCCUUUCAGCUUGUGCUCAACUUGGUUCGAUAGACCAUGGGCAAUGGGUGCAUAGUUAUUUGAGAAGAAGUGGGCUAGAUUGUGAUGUGGUACUUGGAACAGCACUAGUGAAUAUGUAUGGUAAGUGUGGGCAUGCAGAUCAAGCAGUUGAGAUCUUCAAAGAAAUGACUAGGAAGGAUGCUUCAGCAUGGACAGCAAUGAUUUCGGUGUUUGCCCUUCACGGCUUAGGUGAGAAGGCUUUCGAUUGCUUUCUAGAGAUGGAAAAAGCUGGAGUGAAGCCUAACCAUGUAACAUUCGUGGGGUUAUUGUCUGCUUGUGCUCAUUCUGGUUUGGUAGAGAAAGGUCGGUGGUGCUUUGACAUGAUGAAAAAUGUCUACUCAAUUGAACCUCAGGUUUAUCACUAUGCUUGCAUGGUUGACAUUCUUAGCCGAACCAAGCUGUUUGAGGAGGCAGAAAGGCUAAUAAGAGACAUGCCAAUGAAGCCUGAUGUUUAUGUGUGGGGUUCAUUACUUGGAGGAUGUCAGAUGCAUGGGAAUAUAGACCUAGGAGAAAAGGUAGCUAUCCAUUUGAUUAACUUAGAGCCUCAUAAUCAUGCUUUCUAUAUGAACUUGUGUGACAUAUAUGCCAAAGCUGGCCAGUUUGAUGCAGCUAAAAGAGUGAGAAAUCUAAUGAAAGAAAGAGGAAUCCAAAAGGAAAUCCCAGGUUGUAGCAUGAUUGAAAUAUGUGGGGUGGUUCAUGAAUUUUCUGCAGGAGUUUCAUUGAACCUUCCGACGGAAAUUUUUUUGAUCGUAAAUGAGUUAAAUAAUCAGAUGAAGUUACCAGGAUUGUGA